UUCAAGGACAUAGAUAUGUCCUACAAUAUCUCAUAAAAAACCAACGACUGUUGUAUACUAUUACAGCCGACACAGUGAACUCCAGCAUGAAAUAGCAAAGCCAAUAUGUUAGAUGCAUACUUUGUUACAUAUCUUCAUUCAUUUGAUUGUAUAAUUUUUAAAAUCUUUGGUUUAGUGGUGGAUGGUUGAAUAAUUGUUACUUUGAACCACGGGUUCUAUUAACUUGGCUGAUACAUCAGGAAAGCUCAAAGAAAAAGAAGACAUUCUAGGGAUCGGUGAAGAUUGGAAUAGAUCUCAAUUCUUCUCUUUUAAUUUUAAAAAUAACAAAAGCAAGGAGAGCGAUUAAUAACAAAUGUUAUCUUUGUUUUUUAUGUAGUUUGUUUUCACACACACAAAUGCUAUCUUUAGUUCUCUGCUUUAAUAACAAAUGUUAUCUUUGCUUUAAUAACAUGGUGGUUAAAAUUUUAUAAUUAAUAAAUGACAUCCUAUCACUUAUAAAAGCCUAAAUUUGACGUAGUGACACUGAUAUAUACGUUUAAAAGCAAUUUUUAGUGAAUUGGAUAUCAAGUUACUUAGAAGUUUCUUAACUUUUAUAUCUUUGGCCUUUUUUAUUGUUGAAAAUAUUAAUAUAGAGCCCAUUUUUUUAAUAUGAAAAAAGAAUAACUUUUAAAAGUUUAUUAUUGUUAGAAUUUAGAAAAAAAAAAUAGAAUAUUAAAGAAAAUCAAUUUUCUCAUUAUUUUGAGAAAUUAUUUCAAAUAUCUUAUGAUGACAUAGACUAAGAUUUUAAUUAACUUUUCAAAAUAAAAUUAUUCUUUUAAAAAUCUUAAAUGAACACAUGAUACAUCUGACAAAUAACUUCGCUUUGUGUACUGUUCGAUAUUAUUAUUAUUAUUAUUAUUAUUAUUAGGAGAAAAACUUCACUUUUUUGCUUGAUAUUUGAUUACUUAUUUUUACUCUUGUAUACACAACCGAUAUCAUAAUUGCCUUGAUGGAUCAUACAAAUUGUUUGAAAGGUUAACAAAGUCAAGUCUUAAUUGCCAAUCCUAGCCAUCGCUCUAAACAUUUUAUUACCCAAUGUAUGUUUAGCUUAAUUUGUUUUUAUCAGAUUUUAUUUUUAUAUAUUAAUAUAAAAUUCACGUUAUAGACAUUUUACAUGACUCAUUAAUUAUAAUUUAACUAAGAAAAUUGAGAAAAACUCCCAAACAUAUAUACACCAUACAUUAAAAAAAAGCUCUAAAUAAAAAUAAAGUAUUCAUGAACGAUAUAUGAAUUUAUUAUUCAUACAUGACUGCUCCAUAUAGCAUAGGACGUUGUCGACAUAGUAGUUGCCAAUGCAUAUAGGUGAUAUAGUAGGAAUACAAUAUUGUUUAUUCUCGUUUCUCACGCAACUCUUGACUGAAUCCACGCGGAAUUAAUCCACUGCAAGUCAAGCAAUAUACAAGUGUUUUGGGUGUGAAAAGAUUACCAAGUAAACAAAAAUUAUGUAUGUUUUUAUGGGAACGAUUGCUGCAUGCCCACAUUUGAAACAUUCAAAGUCAAGGUCAUCGAUUGAGACUUAACCAACCCAAUCUGAGCCGUGUGAUCCGUUUAUUUACACCAUAACCUAAGGGACCAAACUCACAUAGCACUUCUCUUUGCAACAUGGGCUUUCACUUUGUGUUGGUUCCAUUGUUUGCUCAAGGCCACAUGAUCCCUAUGAUAGACAUGGCAAAGAUCUUGGGGCAGCAAGGGGUGAUUGUGACUUUGGUUAGCACCCCUCAAAAUGCUUCAAGGUUUGAGCAAACAAUUUGUAGGGCUGUACAAUCUGGCCUUCCAAUUCACCUCUUGCAGAUCCCAUUUCCAUGCCAACAAGUGGGUCUUCCAUUAGGCUGUGAGAAUCUUGACACUUUGCCAUCAAGAAACCUUCUCAGAAAGUUCUACAAUGCAAUUGACAUGCUUCAAGAACCAUUGGAACAGUACCUCCAAAACCAUGCUUCUCCACCAAGUUGCAUUAUAUCUGAUAAGUGCAUCUCGUGGACUUCCAUAACAGCCAAAAGGUUCAAUAUUCCAAGGCUUGUGUUCCAUGGAAUGUCUUGUUUCUCAUUACUCAGCUCCUACAAUAUUAAACUCAACAAUGCUCAUCUUCGUGUCAACUCAGACUCGGAACCUUUUGUCAUACCGGGUCUUCCUCAAAGGGUUGAGAUAACAAGAGCACAGCUUCCAGGAGCAUUUGUUUCUUUACCUGACUUGGAUGAUUUCAGGGACAAAAUGCGUGAGGCUGAAAUGUCGGCUUAUGGGAUUGUGGUAAAUAGCUUUGAAGAAUUGGAACAUGGGUGUGCUAAGGAGUAUGAGAAGGUCCUGAACAAGAGGGUUUGGUGCAUAGGUCCGGUGUCUUUGUGUAACAAAGAGAGUUUGGACAAGUUUGAGAGAGGAAACAAACCUUCUAUUGAAGAGAAACAGUGCUUGGAAUGGCUCAACUUAAUGGAACCAAGGUCAGUUAUUUAUGUGUGCCUUGGUAGCUUAUGUAGGCUUGUUCCAUCACAACUAAUUGAACUUGGGUUGGGCUUAGAAGCAUCAAAUCGACCCUUUAUUUGGGUGGUUAAAACUAUAGGAGAAAAUUUUUCAGAGCUAGAAAAGUGGUUAGAGGAUGAAAAUUUUGAGGAAAGGAUCAAAGGAAGAGGUCUUUUGAUCAAGGGAUGGGCACCACAAAUUCUAAUACUCUCUCACCCAGCAAUUGGAGGGUUCUUGACUCACUGUGGAUGGAAUUCAACAAUAGAAGGUGUGUGCUUUGGCAUGCCAAUGAUCACGUGGCCUUUAUUUGCUGAACAAUUUUUAAAUGAAAAAAUAAUUGUUGAAGUCCUCAAGAUUGGAGUAAGGAUAGGUGUUGAGGUCCCGGUAAGGUUUGGUGAUGAAAAGAAAGCUGGAAUAUCAGUGAAGAAAAAUAGAAUCAUAGAAGCUAUUGAGAUGUGUAUGGAAGGAGGUGAAGAUGGGAACAAGAGAAGAACUAGAGCAACAGAACUUAGAAACAUUGCUACAAGGGCUUUGGAGGAGAAAGGUUCGUCUCGCUACAACAUUUCAUCCUUAGUUCAAGAUAUAAUGGAACAACAUUCUACUAAAGGUUAGAAUUAUGAAUAUGAUAGUUUUUCAUUUUAGCCUAGGUUGUUGGUGAAGUAAAUAGAUUUUAUGAUAGCUAGUGAUUAUACUUCAUGAAAUAUUUGGUUUCCGUGUUUCCUCACAGACG